CAGGCCUGCUAGGGAACGAGGCCUGGAACCCUCGAGAGGGGGGGGGAUACAGAUAUAUAAAGCCAAAGAGUGUCCUUUAAUCGCAACCUCAAUCCACUCUUCCCAUCCACACCUAUCAUACCCAUUAAAUCUAUCUGAAUAAGGUCCAUUACUGCACUUACCUGCACUCACCCCCCAAUCACAUCUCGCAUCUCACACAUUUUCAAAACAAGUCAUCAACAUGUUGAACCCGACCUUGAUUGCUACCUUGGUAACUUUGCCUGCCAUCUUUGCGCAGAGCACAAACACUACGGCCUCCGCUGGCACGAACAACACUGGUGCCACGUCCUCUAGCAACACCACCGCUCAGCCCAGCGACUCCACCGCCGCCUCCAGCUCUACCUUUGCUCCCACCAACUUCACGCCUGUCACCGUCAGUGGGACCACCUGUGGAUCCGCCCAGCAAAACCUCAACCAGUGCAUCACUAAGGUCGGCAAGGAUAUUUCUAGCUGCACGGACAACGUGUGCUUGUGCCAGACCUAUGCCAACAUUGCCGCGUGUUACAACGGUUGUGCCGAGCUCGUCGACCAAGGGAAGCAAUACCAAGCCCAAUCAUCCCAGUACUGUUCCGUAGCUGGUGUCAAGCCCAACACCACCGCCACCGUCACUCCUCCCGCCGCAUCCGCUCCGACCACCUCCACAAGCUCCCCCAAUACCUCGCCUGUCCGCACUAACACGACCUCCAACCCUUCAUCUAAUGCGGGCACCUUCUCGGCUUCGAAGGCAGCAGCUGUUCCUGGUGCCAAAGUUUCCACCGCUGGACUCCUCGUCGCGGUCGCCUCCGGUUUAGUGGCACUCUGUCUCUAGGCAGUCUCAGUUGAUCACCAUCUUGGCCAUCUUGCUUUUCCUUCUUUAUGACGACAGCUAAAUGAAUCCGAUGUGGACCUUUACCUAUUCUCUCCUUCCGUACUUUAUUAUCAUCACUUUUUGGAGCGUUCUCUUGACUAUCAGUACGAUGUUUAGCCUACUGCAACUAACUUAAUACUGCACAUCUGUUGCACUUCCAUGCUACAUUUUCUGUUCUUUGCCUCGCUCGGCCUUGGGGUGCUCGCCGAACAGGCUGUCACACCAUCAUGCACCCUGCGCAUGAGGUAUUCACGUUUGCCGUGAGCCCCUGGCAUUAGGCGCUUGUAUGUCGGUAGCAAGAAACUGGAUUGUUCAUGAUCGAUGAGAGUAGUCAAACGAUCCAACGAAAGAAACUGAACAACUCGUCGAACACAAUAACCGACAAUUAACAGAAACAUACAUGGACGCCGAAUAAGUCGGCUAACCUAACCUGAUGGUAGUGAGAAACAAAAACA